CAUUUUCAUGGCUAUUUAAAUUUGGGUCCUAAUGGGCUAAGAAUAUUACUUAAAAGAAGAACGAGACCGCAUCAGCUGUUUCUUGUUUUGUUUUUGUUGCUACUUCGCACUUGAACCAGCACCCGUACAAUAAUUUUACUGCAGAAUGCUGAGAAAACUGUUAUUUAACACGCAAAUUGCGUUAAGGCAACAGAAAAAGCUACAAUGUACGCGGUACUUUGCCAUAAAAGCCGCUGCACCGAAAAUAUUGGAGCUGCAGCCGGUCCACAUCGAGGAGGCCAUUAAACUGGAACCCACAUUAUCCAUCUACACAAACGAAGUGUGGCGACGUGCCCAUGAAACCUUCCUUAAUCAUGGUCUGGCAACCGUGAACUUUCUGCGCAUUGUUACCGCCAAUCCGGCGGUUUUGAGACGCACGCCAGAGCGCAUUAUCAGCAGCCUGGAGAUUUGGCGUGCUUGCCAGUUUGGGGAGACUCUGUUGCACCUGCUACUGACCAAAUAUCCUGAGCUGUUGGACGUCAGCGAUUCCCACCAGCUACUCUCCCACGUGGGCUUCCUGAAGAGUCGCGUUUCGACUAACAAAAAUGUGUGGAAGCUGCUGAUGAACAGCCCCGAUUUGCUGGCCCAAUCCGAGAAAACUAUAGAGGAAAAACUAGACUAUAUCAUAGAUAUUAUGCGCAUAGAGGUGCCAGAAUUGGUCAAAUCCGCGGGACUAUCGAUGGCCUUUGAGGAACUGCGCUGCCGGCACCAGUUCCUGGUGCGCUUGGGCUUGUUCAAGCCACGUGCACUGAAAGCAGAUCCCGAUGAGCCGACCACCAACCAUAGAUUGUACCAGAUUACGGACACAUCAGAGAAGACUUUCGCCACAAAGAUCUGCCAUGUCACAAUGCCCGAAUACGAGGCCUUUAAGGACCUGCAUGCCCGCGAAAUCGAGCGCAAGACAAGAAAACGCAGGGAAGAGGAGGAUUUCAGUGAUGAGGAGGAGUAGGCUCCAUGAAAUUGCCCUCUUUGGGCAUUAGUUAUUCGGAAAAUUAAAUUUUAAAAUCUUCCCUCAAAA